AUGUCCAAAGCAAAAACAGCGAGAAGUAAAUCAACGCAGAGUAUUAGCUUCUACUACCAGAACGUACGCGGAUUGAGGUCGAAAACUGAUGUCUUCCAUACUAACAUGCUGCUGAGCUCAUACAGCGUCGUAGCACUAACUGAGACCUUCCUUGUCAGUUCAGUGAAGGACGCAGAGCUAUUCUCCAAAGAUUAUAUAGUGUUAAGGAAAGAUCGACUAGGUGAUGUGGGCUGGGGUGGUGUGUUGCUUGCUGUGCACAAAAGCUUAUCUGUGCGUCGUCUGUCUAAUAUCGAUGGUUUAAGUAACGACAUGGAACUAGUUUCUGCUUUAGUCGUGGACCUGGUUUUGAGCGGCUUUACCCCAGAGACUGAGAGAGUGAGCGUUUGCGGCGAAGUCGAUGCGUUUGUACCGGCUGAUACGUACCACCCACCCCUUGAGGUAUUGGUAAAGUUUAAACGUGUUGGUAUGCGUUCCCCGACCUUGCAGCCUCGUCCUCCUGUUUCGGGUCCUAAAUGGAACUUUCGUAAGGCUGAUCUUAGAGUGCUUUAUAGCGCUAUAUCGGAUAUUGAUUGGGGUGAUGUGCUCACUGAGAACUGUUCUGGCACUGCCGCUGAAUUAUUUUACGCCAAAUUGAAAAAUUGUAUCGACAGUAAUGUCCCCCUCAAAAAACCUGCAUCUGGAAAUAGAUAUUGUUAUCCUACCUGGUUUACUGCAGAUAUUAUUAAAAACAUCAAGUUUAAGCAUUUUCACUUAAAAAGGUACAGAGAGAAAGGAGAGCUUUUUAAUCUGGAAAUGUUUAGAUACUAUAGGACGCAUGUAAAGACUUUGAUUGAAAGUGCGUUCCGACAUUACAUACGCAGUAUUGAGAGAGACAUUACUGACGAUCCUAGUAAAUUUUGGAAAUUUGUUGACAGUAAAAGGAAGGAUAGACGAUGUGACACCGAGUUUGUGUACAAAGGGAAGACUGUGAUGGGACAAGAAGCGACAGACUCUUUUGCUGAAUACUUCGCCUCAGUAUUUCAGGGGGAUGUUCCACUCUUGAAUGCUAAGUUGGCGGCGCAAAGUUGUUCCGGCCUUCCAGUUAGUAGUGCACGCGUGGCAGUGGAAAAGAUAGAUGCUGCAGACCUUCAUAAAGCAGCAAAAGAUUUAAAAGCACGAGCUUCUGCUGGACCUGAUGACAUAUCAUCUUUUCUGGUAAAAGACUGUAUUUCAGUUCUCGAGGCAGCACUUUUACACAUUUUUAACUUAAGUCUGAAAAAUGGGGAGUAUCCAGCAUGUUGGAAGGUCUCGAGGGUGACUCCUGUUCCUAAGAGCGGCACCGGUCGUGAUGUGUCCAAUUUCAGACCUAUAGCUGUGCUACCAGGUUUCGCCAAGUUAUUUGAGUCCAUAAUAGAAAGCCGCAUCAGCCUUCAGAUACAAUGUUGGUUAGGUGACAGUCAGCACGGAUUUCGUCGUGCACGGUCUACUGUCACUAACCAUGUGAACUUUGUGGACCACGUCAGAGAUGAACUGGAUGCAGGUCGGCAGGUGGAUGCGGCUUAUUUCGACUUCAAAAAGGCAUUUGAUCUGGUAGACAACGAUAUCCUGCUUCAAAAAUGCAGUGCCCUGGGUUUUACGCCGCACCUACUGAACUUUCUAUCUAGUUACCUUCGUGACAGAAACCAGUAUGUUGAAUGGGGUGGAUAUAGUUCAAGGCCCUUUUUCACUCGGUCCGGCGUGAGUCAGGGCAGCACUCUUGGCUCAACAUUAUUUACGAUAAUGAUAAAUGACUUGCCGAGGGUGGUACACACUGCUGGCUGUUUGUUGUUCGCUGAUGACUUGAAACUGUAUCUGGGAGCAGGAGACAAGUCUGAUCUAGAAGAUCUCCAGAGGGACAUUGACGCGGUGACCGAGUGGAGUGAGAACAAUAAACUGCAUUUUAACACCUCCAAAUGUAAAGUUAUUACUUUCUCGAGAAUUCGGUCACCUCACAUUAAACAAUAUCACAUUAAAGACGCAGUGAUGGAUCGCGUUGAUGAGAUAACUGACCUGGGGCUGACCUUGGACUCGAGACUUGACUUUAGGACGCACGUUACCAACAUCUGUAAGCAGGCGAAUAAGGUCCUGGGGUUUGUCAUGAGGAAUAGGUCUAUCGGUGCCGCCCCCUCGCCGUUGCCCAGCGGCAGGGGAGGGUGGGGCGGUGGUUUCGCGGCGGCGCCGCCGCCGGCGUCUGUUCGCGUGCCCGGGCUCGGUGAGGCGCACGCGCUGGGCUGCAAACGCUCCCUCUGCAAGAGCUAUCGCUCUGUUAAAUGA